AUGUGGAAAACUCCUAAUUCAUCCGACAAGUCCUUAAAGCCCGGCCCAAGAUACACUCAGCUGGACUGGUCCACCAGCAAUCAGCUAAUCACCAGCAGAUCUGAACUGCAGAGACUGACAGCAAGCCAGAUCAGCCAAGACCUGCAAUGUGCGAGGGAUGAUGCCACCAACCAGAUUCUUUGGACCACUCGAAGCACACAGUCCAACCUCAGCUGCCAUGUGGAAGAGCUGAAACUUUGGAAGAGCCAAAUGGCUAAUAGUAUCGCACAAGUUGAUCAGGAGAUCUCUCUGCUGGAGCAGGUGAAGGCAUCUGCUGAGACAUGGUUACAGGAGAAAGCCCUCUACAGACAGGUUCUUGGGGAGUGUGUGACGCUGCGUGAUGGCCGCUUGGCUGGAGAUCUUGUCUAUGACCACGUGGAGGAGCAGCUGGCCAGAGAGAUGCAACUUUGUGAAGACAUCAAGCAGCUGGUUCAGCAGAGGAUCACUGAGGUGCUGGAACAUCAGAGGACAUUAAAGGAGAUGCGUAGUCAGUUGUUAGCUGACCAGAAGUACAAGGAGGAUGCUAUCAAUCUCAACAGUCAGUGCCUUACCUUGGACCCCCAGUCUCCCAGUAUUGGAUACAGAUACCAAAUCUCCAAUAUCUCUAAAGGAAUCUUGACUUAUGAGCAGUGGAUAGCACAUUGCCAGAACUUAAAGAAAAGUGCAGAAAGGGUGGUCCUGGACUCCUCCUGUUUCCGUAACAAUCUGCAGCACUCACACGCUGAGCUAAUUAAUGCUCUGAAAGCCCAGCACAUUGCUACAGAGUUCUCUUUUCGCAAGAGGCUGGACGAACUGAGCAGAGCCAUGGAUGCUCUCGAAUGGGAAAAGCAGCAGGUGAUGGAAGCAGUGAAUGAGCUACAGGUAGAGAUGCAGAAGGUGGAAAGUCAGAUUCUCAGCUGUGGCUCUGCGGAACAGCUCGCUCAGACUCGGCUGGACAUCCUGGGCCAGAGACUGAACUAUGAACCCUGUCUGGAUCAGCCAAACACCGAACUCCUGCAGGAGACUAAGAGCCUGUGCAGGAACACGUUCACCCUCAAGAAGAAGCUCCUUCUUUCACAAAAAACACUGGAUGCAAUGUACAGUAACUUGUUCAAUUUGGAUAACGCUGUGAAAGAAAAGACACGCUCGAUUGAGAUAGACCAAAAGUGCCAGGAGAUUCGUCAGAGACUUCUUGGCCUUUAUAGAAUGCCCACAAUCCCUGUGGACUGAGCAGACAGCUAGGAUCCCUCCAUCAGUGCAGUGACUUCACAUGGUGUGAAGAGUAAUGGUCGGUGAUACGCAACAAAGAUAUGAGAAGCAAACCUUUUUCAUCUUUCCUGGAUCUGACACCUAGAUUAA